AUCGGGGCGGGGGCCGGUUGCGGCUGGGGCCGGGUGUUCCUCCCAGCUGUCGCCGGGGGCUGGUUGCGUAUGGCCCGGCGCGGCUCAGCCACUCUCCCGUGCAGUCGGCUGCAGGUGCCGCGGCGAGGAAGGCAGAGCUGAGCCCGGCCCACCGCAAGGGGCCCGGCGGCCGAGCAGCAGCAGGAGGCGGCGGGCGGUGAGCGGACAGGACGGGGACAUGGCGGAGACCGGCUCCGUGCACGCCACCAGGUUCGAGGCGGCCGUGAAGGUGAUACAGAGCCUGCCCAAAAAUGGUUCAUUCCAGCCAACGAAUGAAAUGAUGCUCAAGUUCUAUAGCUUUUAUAAGCAAGCAACCCAAGGACCCUGUAACAUUCCACGACCUGGAUUUUGGGAUCCGAUUGGUAGAUAUAAAUGGGAUGCUUGGAGUGCCUUGGGAGACAUGUCCAAAGAAGAAGCCAUGAUAGCCUAUGUUGAAGAAAUGAAAAAGAUUCUUGAGAGUAUGCCAAUGACGGACACGGUUGAAGAAUUACUACAAGUAAUAGGCCCGUUCUAUGAAAUAGUAGAAGAUAAAAAGAACAGAGGAUCUGACCUAACCUCAGUUCGAAUGGAGAAAGUCUCUAAGUAUUUGGAAGACCUUAGUAAUGUCAUGAAUUCCACUCCAAAUAUAAAGGCUGUGAAUGGAAAAGCUGAAAGUAGUGAUAGUGGAGCAGAAUCAGAAGAAGAAGGGCUUCGUGAAGAGGAAGAAAAGGAAAUGCAGCUAAAUGGAAAGGACUAUAAGAAUGUGAAACCAGAAUCAACAAAUGCUAAAGAUUUCGAAGGUGUUGUUACUAAUGGUAGUUACAAGGACAGCCUUAUCGCAGACAUGCAGAAUGGCAUCCAGAGCAAAUCUGCCCUGAAUGGCUUGAACCCAGAAGAAGAAAUAAAGAAAACUGAGCCAAGCCUAGAAAUAGUAAACAGCACCCAGCAAGGUGCAAAUGAAGAGAGUAAUGAAGAGAUCUCAGCAACUCAGCACUUAACCAGUGAUUCAGACAGUGAAGUUUAUUGUGACUCUAUGGAGCAACUUGGACUAGAAGAGCCCUUGGAGAUCAUCACAUCAGCUAAAGGAUCUUUAAAGCAUUCAUCCCAUUCCUUGGAUGUAGAUCACAGUGUUCUAUUAGAAAAUACGGAUUUUCCAAAGCGCACUUGCAUAACUUAUGAGAAUCAUCAGCCUGGAAGUACUGUAGAAGGAGCAGCUCAAGAGCAAGGUGAAGUCAAGUGUGGAGGAGAAGAUGGCAAAGCCAGUAAUGGGGGCCCUCAGAAGGAGAAGAAGGGUGAAGAUAAAGCAGAUUUCUACAGUGUCAGAAGAGGGAGAGGGCAUAGACUUCAGCCUCUAGGAGAUGGUUUGCAAGGUGGACAGAUGGGUAGUGGAGGGGAUGGAGAGCGCUGGGGAUCAGAGAGGGCACCCAGGGGAAGCCUCAAUGAACAGAUUGCAGUAGUGCUGAUGCGGUUGCAAGAAGACAUGCAGAAUGUCCUCCAGAGGUUGCAUAUGUUGGAGACGGUUACAGCAUCACAGGCAAAAUCUGCAACACUACAGUCAAAUUGUGAGCCCGCCUCCUCUGUCAAGAAACCAUCAUGGUGGCCCUUUGAAAUCUCCCCUGGUGUUUUAGCUUUUGCUAUUGUAUGGCCGUUUAUUGCCCAGUGGUUGGUACACGUGUAUCUUCAAAGAAAGCGAAGAAAACUGAACUGAGAACUCAUGACUUUGCUUAAAGACACUUAGAAGAUGGCCCUGGAAAGUGCAGGAAAUCUGAAUUCUCAUAGAAUCUCAGAAUCUGGAUGAAGUUCCUUCUGAUACAGUAAUAUUUUGUACUGCCUUUGAGCUAAACAUUUAAGGACUAACAUUAUUCAAACUUGAAUGAUUCACAGCUCCUAGGUUACAAGUAAAUUUAAUAAUAAUUUCAUCCUCAAAACCAUAUGAACAGUAAUUAUUUUGGAAUAUGCUUGUGGAUGGUCCUUCAGAAACUACUGGUCUUGCUGAUGUCAGAUGAUGAAAAGGACAUCAUCUUUGUAAAAGAGUAAGUGAAGAAUAUGUACACUGUCACUUUAAUAUAAUUUUACAACAACAACAUCCCUGCCUGCUUUUCCACCGGAUUACUUUUUACCAGAUGAAAGCACUAACAAAGUAUGAAUUCAAUAUAUUGUAAGCUGUUGGGAAAACACAACAUAGCUCUGACGAAUUCAACUGGUUAUUUUUGCUGCUAAACCAGCGUGGGGGCAAACUUCCAUGCACAGUGGUCAGAAUGGAAGUUGGACCCUUUGUUUCUCCUUAAAGAUUGCAAAGGAGAUUUGGGAAUUGGUACGUGUCUCACAAGUUACAGCCAUUAAUAACAAGGGACUGUCAAAUACAAGUUUGGAAACCAAGUGUGCUACCCCAUGUAAAGGGACCCAUGUAAAGGGGCUGCGCCUUACGUUUGUAACUUUGAGAAUGUGUUCUUGUUGAUGACAGCUUAAGUGAAAUAUAGUUUAGGCACAAGGUGCUUUAAAAUGAGGUGAAAGCUAAUGCUGUAAGUAUAGCUCUAAGGUUUUAAAAAGCUCAGUGCACUCUUAAGUUUUCUGUUGUCAGUUUAUGUCAAACUAAAGUAAGAUUUACUAGAUUAAUGAGUCUAUUAAUUAAUUGCCCAAAUCUAUUGUGGACUUUUCCCAAGCCACGUUACGAAAAAUAUCAGUUCUGGUAUUUCCUUCGCUUAUAUCCUUCUACUUUCUUUCAAAACAAAACUUUUCAGCUCACUUUGGUGCUGAUUUUUUUUUCCACAGAGUAUUUAUUACCCAAUAUACCGUGUUACAGCCUUGUGAAGUUUACUUGAUCAAAGCAUGCUUUACACUUAAUUUUAAAAUAAAUUAAUAUAUGAGCAAGUUGUCUAAAUCUCCGGAGAAGGGAAAUGCACUAAAAUUAGAUUUGACAGAAAACAAAGACAUUGAUUUGCUAUGAAGAAUUACAUCAUAACAUAAGCCAUGUUUAAAAUCUGAGCCUUCAGAAAUGUCUCCGUAUUACUGAUAUGCUUUAAUUCUCCACUUGAACUAGAUAUUACAAGUAAUUUUUAGGAAAGUUAUUUUUUGUCCUUCCUGAAAAUCUUUUCUAGUUUGGAAAACAUUUUUCAUACAAACUAUGCUGUAUAAAAAUGUAAUCAUAGAAUUUACUGUUUGUUUUACCAGAACAAUUUUAAUCUUGUUCUUAGUUAAGUGCAGUUUUCUUUUUUAGUUACUUUUUCCCUUGUCUGAUUUUCUUACUGUAAAGCUAAAUUAAAGAAUAAAACGGUCAGAACCUCUCUGAA